AUGGAAGACUCAAUAGAAAAGACUUCGCAGUCUGACAAAUCUGCGUCUGUGCCAUUGAGUGAUGAGUCGUUGAAAGUGACUCCUCCCCAAACAUGGACUGCAGCUGAAGAGCGUAGAGCAAGGCGCAAAGUCGACCUUUCGGUGCUGCCGCUCCUGGUCCUUGGCCUGUUGGUUUUCCAGCUCGACCGCAUGAACCUAGCCAGCGCCCUAACGGCGGGCUUCGCCGCAGACAUCGGCGUGGACCAGGAAACAAUAAACCUGGGCAACCAGCUGAUGUUCCUCGGGAUCGUGGUACUCGAGAUCCCCUGCAACAUGCUGCUGCAGCGCGUCGGGCCGCGCCGCUGGAUCCCGGGCCAGGUCCUUCUAUUUGGCACUGUUGCGGCCCUGCAGGUCUUCAUCCGCAAUCGUGCCGGCUUCCUGGCCUCACGUAUUUGCCUGGGCCUGGCCGAAGCCGGCUAUAUACCCGGGGCCAUGUACACGGUGUCCACGUGGUACCGUCGCGGGGAGCUGGCGCGGCGGAUCGCCUUCUUAUUCUUCGGCAUGUUCGGCGGCAAUGCACUUAGCCCGUUACUGGCAUCGGGAAUCCUCAAGCUUGACGGUGCGAGGGGCGUCAGGGGUUGGCAGUGGCUGUUUCUACUGGAAGGAUUAUUCACCAUGAUGGUCUCUGUGAUGAUAUACCUCCUCUUGCCAGGGUCACCAGAUACGCCGAAACCCCUGGGUAGUGCGGGAUUGAUCAGGUUCUCUGAGUCGGAGCAGGUUGUUCUGCAGAAGAGACUUGAGAAUGACCGGAGUGAGAUUGGGCAGAGUGUCAAGUCCACGCGCAUCCCUCUGAAACUGGUGUGGAAGACCGUAACCCAUUACAAGCGCUGGCCGCACUUCGUCUCGACGUUUUGCAUCUUCUCAACCUGGACGCCGCUCAUGACUUACACGCCGUCCAUAAUCAUGUCUUUGGGCUUCGAGAGGAUAGCAGCCAACGCCCUUGCAGCGGUCGGGGCAUCGCUCGCGCUACCGGUUGUCUUCGCCUUCGCAUAUCUGAGUGACCGUACAAAUAGGCGCGGGCUAUGCGUCAUCGCCGCCCAGCUGUGCUACUUAGUCACGCUGAUCACGAUCCGGUCCGUCCACCCACAUGUUGGCAAGUGGCCGCGCUGGGUGCUGUGGACAGUCGUCAACGCUUUCUCGGUCGGGUACCAUCCUGUACAUAAUUCGUGGGUACAGCUCAAUUGCAAGGAGCCGCGGGAGAGAAGUAUAAGCAUCUGCAUGUGGGUCAUGUCCGCUAUAACUGGAAAUAUGGUAGGAACUCAGUAUUUUAGGGGCGACGAUGUGCCGUUCUAUCAUAACGGCCUGAGGACAAUGAUUAUCAUGGUCUCAGUGGGAAUUUUCUUCGCAAUACUACAAGUCAUGAUAUAUCGUAAUCACAAUGGCCGGGCGGCUCAAGAUGAACGUAAGGCUACAGAUGGCGAGGAGCCAAUGAUCUAUACUCCGUGA